GCAGUUACGCCCUUUUAAUACUGAACGCGAGUUUUGAUCUUUUUUCGUAUCAGUUUCAGCAUCCUAAUCUGGAAUAUUGAGUGUAAAAAGCAUUAUAAUAGAGGUAAAAAUUUACCAUGUCGAAGUUUAAAUCCGGUUCCGAGUGGGAGAAAAUAGCCCAGGGUAUCGAGGAUGACAAAAAAGACGAAAUAGAGACGAUGGAAGAUUUGGAGGAGAAGAUGCGUAUGACUCCGAAAAACAUGUUUCCCAGCAAAUGGGACGAUCCGGACGAUUUGAUCGAAGAGGAUAAAAAUCCUCAAGCCUCCUUGGAACGAUUGGCCUUGUGGGCUGCCGGAGAAGACAAGCUGGACAUUCUCAAGGAAGUUUUGACCAAAAAGCCAUCGGUCGUUAACGCUUCCGAUAGAGAUGGAUAUACUCCGUUGCACAAGGCCUGUUAUAACAACAACGUGGAAAUGGCCAAGUUGCUGCUCCAGUACGGAGCCGACCCAAAUGCCGAAACUGAACUAGGAUGGAUUCCUCUGCAUUCGGCGUGCAAGUGGAACAAUGCCGAAUGUGUGGCUCUGAUGUUGCAGCACGGAUCGGACAUCAAUGCGACUUCCCACGGUCAUCAAACUCCGCUCCACAUUGCUGCCAGUGUGUCCAACAGCCGGAGCACACUGGUAACGCUGCUAAUGGACGAUCGAAUUAAGGUAGAUAUGCUGAACGACUCGAACGAAAAGGCAGCCACCCUUGCCAAGAAGAAUGGGAUGGCGUUUCCACUGUUUGCCAUGGGACAAUCAGCUUUGACCGUGGAAACUGGAAUGAUAGAUUAGUAAGUUUUACACUAUGGUCAUUAUAACUAGGAUAAGUUAGGAAGGGUAAUUAAAAUGUUUGCUGGCAUAAGAAA